UUGCGGUGGUUCAGGAUUUGUUUUAUUUUCUUGUUUUACUGUUUUCCUCUUUCCAUCCAUUAUGAGUGAUUUUGAUGGGAUGGUGUGGUUUUAUCUGGCGUCCAAUCAUAGACUUGGGCAUGUGUUUCUAUGCGAAUGUGCUUUUUUUCUUCUCUACUUUCACUUUGUCAUCGUUCAUGUGGAACGAGAUCAAAAGAGUUUGAGUGGAAGGCUUCUCUGUCGAUGCAUCACCCUGAUUUGCAUGGUCCAUUGUCGCGGAUUUUCUUCCCUGUUGCAUCAAGAAAAAGAGUGUGCUUGGCCUCUGUUUGCAUAAUCAUCACGGCCGUUUUUCAAUCUUUCAUGUCAGCUCCCCCAGUCCACCCUGUAUGUAGAGCCGAUGUGUCCCUUGAUAGGGUAUGCACGUUCGGACUGGGGCUGCCAAGGUGUUUCCAUACACGUCGCUCAUACAAAGUCAAAGUCAUCUUUGAAUGCUUUUCUAUCCUCGUGUGAUUGUGAGGUCUGUUGCGUAUGGCCUGUUUAUUUUCUCUCUCCUUCCCCCAUUCUCUGUGACUUACAUUGUCAUCUGGGUGUGGCCGGGGUUGCCUAUGGAAUCCGACUGCUGCCGAAGGAAGGCCAGCUAGCUGUGUUGGCGCUUCUUGAGGCCUGGUUCGGUUGAAU